AUGCCGCAAGUUAUGAUCUCAGAUAACGCCGCAACAUAUUUGUCUGCAUCAAACUACUUGAAGCGUAUGUUUGAAUAUUCUUCCGUGAUGGAAAUGCUUAAUAGGAGAGGAAUUGAAUGGAAAUUCAUCCCAAGCAGAGCACCGUGGUACGGAGGUUUCUGGGAGCGCUUAAUUGGUCUUACAAAAACUACAUUGAAAAAGAUAUUAGGGAAAGCCUGCAUUUGCUUUGAAACACUUCAAACAAUCGUCACAGAAAUAGAAGCGAUCAUGAAUGACCGUCCCUUAACUUACAUUUCAUCCAACUUCGACGACCCGGAACCAUUAACUCCGGCACAUCUCUUGUAUGGCCGAAGAAUAACAUCAUUGCCUUUUUCCGACUACGAUAACGACAUCAGUAGUCAUCAAAUCAAUAUUGGAAAUAUUAAUUUCAACAAGCGGGCGAAAGUCGUAGCGAUGGCUAUUCAACAUUUCUGGAAAAGAUGGAAAUCGGAAUACCUCACCUCACUUCGUGAACACUACCAAACCACCGGACGUAACUCCCGAAGUAUCAAAGUGGGAGACAUUGUGCAGAUCCACGACGAUUGCCCAAGGACUCGUUGGAAAUUAGCUGUGGUCGAGGAAUUACUUCCGGGAAAUGAUGGAAUUACCCGUGCAGCCAAAAUUCGGACCCAAAAUGGAAGUUCAACCAGACCAGUGGUGAAGUUAUAUCCCCUUGAAGUUAUUCGUGACUCCGAAAAUGAAUAA